CUAUAAAUAAAGGAGGAGGAAGCACGACACAGUUUGAUCUCAGCCACAAGCAGACACCACAGAAGAAGAAGUCUUCCAUCGUCUCUGAAGCUUUUGAUCGACCUCUCCGAACAUCUGGCGAUGGAGCGUGUGCGCACUGCCGUCUACCUGUCCGUCUGUCUGUCCCUGCUGACCUCGCUGUGCCAGGGUCAAAGGUCGGCCGACGCGGCACUCGGACUCACAACCGCAGAACUGGCUGAAGCCCUGCAGGGCCUCCUGGAUGAAGGUGACACCCGGCUCUCUAUGGAGAAGAGAGCCAGCGUGAUUCCGCGGUGUGACGUUGGUGAGCGAUGUGCCAUGAAACAUGGACCUCGAAUCGGUCGCCUCUGUGACUGUCUGAGAGGAACGGCCUGCAACACCUUCUUCCUGCGCUGCUACUGAACACACACACACACACACACACACACACACACCUGGAUGUCUGCAUGUUUCUGUCGUUGUUUUUAAGUCUCAGAUUAAUUUAUUUUUGUUAAAUAAAAAUUCUUUAUAAAGCU